AUGUCAUACUCAGGCACCUGGACAUGGUCUGAUGGAGAUCCUGCUAUUUUUCGGAACUGGGAUUAUGGAUCAUAUGUUUCUACACAAUAUAGUGAAGUUUGUGCUUUCAUAUAUAAUAGUGGAACCUGGAGUAAUCAGUGGUGUCAGUACAAUAUACCUUUCGUUUGCUAUCGGUUCUUGAUCCUGGUGAAGGAGAAGAAGACCUGGGAAGAGGCUCAGGAGUUCUGCAGGACAAAUUACACUGGUUUGGCCUCUGUGACCUCUGAGACGAGCCUGAGGCAGCUGAAUCUAGAGACAGUGGGGACGGAGACAGAGAGCGUGUGGACCGGUCUGCGCUUCAUGAAUGGACAAUGGUUCUGGGUGAGCGGGGAGCAGCUGGGGAGCCUGGUCUCAAUGCCUUCAUGUCCAGCUCUAUCUUACCGCUGUGGAGCUCUCAACACCACGACAAACACCUUGCAGAACCUGAACUGUAAUGAGAAGCUGAACUUCGUCUGCUACUGGAAUUGA